AGCGAGAACACAGCGCCGUUUAACACGUGAGCCUCAUGUGACAGAGGUAGGUCAGGCUGAGCGGAGAGUCAGAGGGUUUAUUUAACUCGUCGCUCUGUCCUCCCCCACUUUCCCAACGCGCCACCAAAGAGGGUUGCCUUCCUUCAGCGGAGUGAUCACUGGGUGGAAAUCGCAGGGAAUAACUUUUCUCGAAAACAUCCUUUAUAUUAGAUAGAUGAGCAUAGAAUAAGAAGAAAUUAACAUCGACUCUCUCCGCUUUUUUGAAACAUUUUAGUGCAUUUACAACAUUUUUUCCUCGCCGCGUAAUAAAUGCCAAUCUAUUUGUGACUGCAUUGGAAAAGUACCUCUUUGACUUUUUACUGCGUAACUGGAGUACAAGAGCAUGGAGCGAAUUCCAAGCGCGCAACCGCCUCCCCUGUCCAAACACCAGGCUGAACUGUCUGACGUGCAGGGGUAAGUUUUGCUGAAACAACUCUGAACGAGCUCUCCUUAUUGUAUUUCUUUGUGUUUUUCCUUCUUUAAAUAAUUUCCUCAGAUCUCAUUGUACUUUUUUUCUUAUCAUUUGUUCAGGAUGGAUUACCCAAUGUAUGUUUAUAAACCCAGACGGGGAAUGAAGCGAGGAGAGGAGAGCAAGGUUCGUUAUAUUUUUGUUUAUUGUCUUUUCUUUUCGUGAAGUAAUAAUCAUCGCUUUCGUGAAAGGGUGUGAACUUAAAGUGUGGGGGGGAUUAUACUGGCAGUCGUCCUGUAGUCCCAUAAAUGGGUGACCUAAUUCCUGCUAUGACAUAACUCCUAGAGUCCUCCCUAUCGGACUGCCUCUGAUCACACAGGGCUGUAUGUGAGCUCACUGAUCCGCUGAAUUAACCCUUCAUGUACUUUUCUUGUUUGUUCUUGCAGGAAACUUAUAAACUGCCUCACAGACUUAUCGAGAAGAAAAGGCGUGACCGGAUAAACGAGUGCAUCGCUCAGUUGAAAGAUUUAUUGCCAGAGCACCUGAAACUCACGGUGAGUUCACGCUGUUGCAGAAAGGGAAUGGGAUUCACUGGAUUGAGUGACACGCGCCAUCUAGUGGUUGUCUGUGUCAUUGCGUCCUCUGUGCCGUGUGCGUCAGCAAUGACUGACAUCUAAUUUUUAAGAGGACGUGUGUCAUUGUUUUAUCUGGAGACUAACGAAACAUAAUUAUUAACAGACAACAAAUUUCCCUUCUAAUAUAACUCAGUUGUCAUAACAUGUAUUAUCUAUGGAGUAUGUAUUAUCAUGGAAUUGAUUUUAUCUUAAACUAUAUAAAUUUCACGUUUUGAGUAUUUUUACAGUCAGUUCUGCCUCAGUAGUAUUCUGGGGUCUUUGGAUAGUCAAAAUCCUGUAUACACAGGUUAAACGGCACAGCCUUAAUGUCUUAUGUAAGAGAUGAGGAUGUGCUGACGCUGUGUGUUUCCUACAGACUCUGGGCCAUCUGGAGAAGGCCGUGGUUUUAGAGCUGACACUCAAGCAUGUGAAAGCCCUCAACUCGCUUUUGGAGCAACAGCAGCAGAAGAUCCUGGCUGUGCAGAAUGGCAUGCAAAUUGGUAAGGAACAUGCAUGUGGAACUAGAGGGUUUUGUUCAACCAAAUUAUCCACAGUGACAUAGAUAUACAGAACUAUUGUGCUAUAUUUUCAGACAGAUUUUCUCACUGUUUGGUAUCUUCUUGUGUUUACAGAGCAGCCCUCAGUCAGCCAGGAGAAGUCCGAGGAGAUGUUUCGCUCUGGCUUUCACAUGUGUGCCAAGGAGAUUCUCCAGUACCUGGCUAAUCAUGAGUCUGAUAGAGACUUCUCGCCAUCCCAUGUCAUCAGUCAUCUCCACAAGGUAGCCGCAGAGGUGCUGCAAGGCCCAGUCAGACCGCGUACUCCUCCCAGCCCUCACCCCGAAGAGACUCCUGCCUACCACCAGCGCCAACCUCACAAGGAGACACCCACCAGCCUCCCACCCAAACCCAGCGAGGGUUACGGGAGGAACUGCGUGCCCGUCAUCCAGCGAGCCUAUGCUCCACCCAGCAGUGAGCAAAGCGGCAGUGACACAGACACAGACAGCGGCUAUGGAGGGGAGCUGGAGAAGACCGACUCUGGAGCUCAACAGGGUCAUCAAGAUUACUAUGGGCAGGAGAGCCAGCUGAAGCGAGCGCUAAGUGAGAGGCAAAGCUCCGGCAUCAAGCGUGAGGAUGACGAACCACGCCACAAACGACCCCGAGUGGAGGUGCCUGAGGAUGAUCUGUCAGGCGGAGAAUCAUCCUCCUCCUCAAGCGGCUAUGGAAGCUACAUGAGUGUAUCUCCCAACCAUCCACCUCCCCCUCCUCCACACCCACUCUGCAUGCCUUUCUACCUCAUUCCACCCUCGGCUGCGGCCUACCUGCCCAUGCUAGAGAAGUGCUGGUACCCUGGAGCAGUGCCCAUGUUGUACCCAGGUGUGGGAGGCUCUGCAUCAGCCAUGCCCAGCGAAAGGCCACCUCAGUUGGUGUUGUCUCCAAGGGGAGGCUCUCCAGCUCCAGCUAUAUCUCAGACCCCCAUGGACUCCCCUGCCCUCCUACAGGCAUUAAAGCAGGUACCACCCCUCAACCUUGAAACCAAAGACUGAGAAACAUUGUAAAGAGGUGAUCCUGUUCUAGCAACCAGGAGCAGAGACAAUAAUAGGAUGGAGAACAUGACUGAGCCUUCCCAUAAUUCCUCCUCAUUCCUGCCAUCUGUUCCUCACAAAACAAGAGGACUUGUAGAAAUUAUUGAGGCGAGGUGGAGCAGAGAGGAUGCAAAGCUUUGAAUGUGGGUGAAUGUUUCAAGCUCAGUGGUAUUACCCAAUGCAAAUGUAUCAUACAGACUGGACCUGCCCUGCACAAACACACACACACAAACAAACAAAUAUACGCACAUACACACACACACACAGACACACACACAGACACACAUACACUUGGUUGAAUGUAAAGAAAGUUUUUAGAUGCUGCUGUUAAAGAAUAUGCCGAUGACACUGAUGCACUCACUUGUAGCUGAUACAAGGCACACCAUCUUUGUACUCUAGAAGAAGUGUUGCACCAAAUAUUAGUGUUAAUAUUUCACCCAGUUUGUCGCCUGUGUCCUGUAGAUCACCAUUGUCUUCACUGAAAACACCCUUCAAAUCAGUAACCAUAGAGUUCAAGGGUUUCCUCAAGUGUGUACAGGCUAAGGUAAAGGGUACACCCGAUGCACGGAUGAAGGAAUGGGCUCCAACAUGACCACACUGAAUGAGAAGUCUUGUUUUUUAUUGAAAAAACAGACAGUUAAGAUGGAUUUUCUGUAAUUAUUGUUCAUAGACUUCUUGUACAUUUCUAUUUUUGAUACCUGUUGUUGCAGUCUGUCCAUCCAGAGAGAUAGAAAGUGGACAGUUAUACUUCUGUACUCAGAAACUGUGUACAUACUGUAGCACUGUGCUGGACCUGGUCUGCAUACUCAUCAUGCAUCUGUUUCUGCUCAAGUCAAACCUGGUGUUUGUUCUUGCUGUUGCCUUUUACUUGUGAAAAAGCUGAUAAAUCUCAGAUGUUUAUUCUCUGUACUACGUAUGAAUACUGGAGUCAAAGGAGCGAGGUAGGGAGAAGUGAAUGUAUAACGUUUUACCAGAAGACUAGUUUUCUAUAGAAAGAGGUACUUGAGAUUUUAUAUUUUGGGACCUACAUGAAAGAUGUUUGAUGUACAUAUUUUGUCUAUAAAUGUUGGUAUACAUUAUAUAAGUGUAAUAAAGUAUUUUUUUUCCUGUGGAAAAUGGCUCUGACUA